UCAGAGUGGUGCAGGGGAAAUUGCUUCUUCUCUUGGGGGGUUCAACAACCAACUACAUUUUUUUUUCUUCUUGGCCAACAAAUGCUGUUUAAUAAUGAACCAUCAAUUCAUUUAUCUGUUCUCUCUCUCUCUCUGGCUGCUUUUUUUUUUUCUUUUUCUCUUUGAGUUUUAGUAAUUUAAGAGAGGUAAUCCCACACGCUUUCAUCAAACGAAACACAACCAAAGAAGGGUACUUUCGUUUCGUUCCGUCCACGAACCCACCCUUUAAGAUACGAUGUGCCAACAUCGUAUUCUGUUGUCUUUGCAAGUUUAGGAACCUUCUUUUGGCUCCUCAUUUUCACUUGUCCGUUCAUUCUUUCUAAUGGCAAUAUUCUCCACUCUACUUUACUUGGCAUACAUACAUCAACCAUAAAUAAAUACACACACACUUUUUUUUUUUUUUUUUUAAUCUUCUUCACCGUUUCAUCUCUUUGUUUCUGUGAUCUGCAUUGCAUGCAAAUGGGUGUGAUGGGCAAGGCAAGAUCCGUUGCGGCAAUGGGUGGGAGAAUAUUGAACGAGGCAGUGAGCUUCGUUGCUUUCUGUGUUCUGGACCUUGUCGAUUUUCUGUUAUGUUUUGUUUUCAAAGCUGUGGACUUGUGGGUUGAGGCAGAGUUGAGACCCUGCUAUUGCUCCUCCGCGAAGGAAGCAAUCACGAGCAGUGGGAAGAUCUUGGUUUCUGAGCAAGGUGGAGAAUCCAAGAUCGUUUCUCUUCUUAGCUCAACCAAGCUUCAGUUGGAGGACAUCUCUGACACCCUCUACUCUCGACCCUCUUUGGUCUCGGAGGUCUCGAGGUUAACCAUCAAUGAGCUCAAGAGGUUCAAGCUGGAGGACCCCGUUUUGCAGUCCAAGAGAGGCACCAACUCGCGCUGUUCCACGUUCACUGUCAACACCACCAUUGUAGAAAUGCUUCAGGGAAAAAUUGCAAGGCACCUUACUCAUCCCAUUCCUAGAUGGUCCGACUGUGAUUGCAAACUAUGCACAAGUUGGAUCUCCUCUUCUUCCUCUCCUCAUAACGAUAACACCAAUGCCAAAGCCACUCUCUUUCUGAAGUCCCAAUGCCCCACCACAGAUGAAGCGGGAGAGGAUGUGGUGUUCAUACAUGGGUUCAUUUCAUCGUCAUUAUUUUGGAGCGAGACAGUGUUCCCGAACUUGUCGAAGUCGUGUUACCGAUUAUUUGCGGUUGAUCUACUUGGGUUUGGGAGGAGUCCAAAGCCGAACUCGUCGCUGUACACAUUAAGAGAGCAUUUAGAGAUGAUAGAGAGGUCGGUGUUGGAGGCCCAUAAAGUUAAGUCCUUUCACAUUGUGGCACAUUCCCUUGGUUGCAUUCUCGCACUUGCCCUUGCCGUCAAACACCCUCAAUCCGUCAAGUCCCUCACCUUGCUUGCUCCACCCUUCUAUCCGGUGCCAAAGGGUGAAACACAGGCUACUCAGUAUGUUAUGAGAAAGGUUGCUCCAAGGCGCGUGUGGCCACCCAUGGCCUUUGGAGCGUCCUUGGCAUGCUGGUACGAACACAUAACUAGGGUGAUUUGCUUCCUCAUUUGCAAGAACCACCGUCUCUGGGAAUUUCUCGCCAAACUCAUCACUCGGAACAGGGUCAGGACGUUCUUGCUUGAAGGGUUCUUUUGCCACACUCACAAUGCGGCAUGGCAUACCCUACACAACAUUAUAUGUGGAACCGCAGGGAAAAUUGGAUCUUAUUUGGACGCUGUGAGAGAAAACCGUGACUGUAAAGUGACCAUAUUUCAUGGCAAAAACGAUGAAGUGAUCCCAGUUGAAUGCAGCUACGAGGUGCAAAAACGAAUUCCACGUGCCCAAGUUAGAGUUAUUGACAACAAAGACCACAUAACUAUUGUUGUUGGAAGACAGAAAGCCUUUGCUCGAGAGUUGGAGGAGAUUUGGAGCACUACUACUACUACCAACCACAACUAGAUAAUGAUAUGCUGCGCGUUGUGCCAAUGCACUUACGUCCAGACCUACUACUACUACUAGCUAGCUUAAAUUCAUGUUCAAACUUUCCCUCUGUCGUCAACCCAAGUGUUUGUAUCUUUUUUCUUAUAAGAAAAAUGUCUAUUUAACACUAGUUUGGAUAAUUGGAUCACAUAACCGGCUAAAAAGCAAAAGAGAGAAGUAUGAAUCAAGUGUAAUAAGAAGUGAUAUCAAAAUAUUGGAACUCUUUAUAAAUCACAUUUAAGGGGAUUGCAUCCUCUAGAGUAACUUUAUUAUUACAUCACAUCAGAUUUUAGCCUUUCAA